CUCGCUCCCUGCCCUUCAGUACCCGAGCGCCUGCGCACUCCCGAGGCGGGCCCAGGUUCUUUGGAGGGGGAGUCCCUGCUUUCUGAACCCGGAUAGUAGCCGGGGACCCCGCGCUCAUAGGGUUGUCCUGGGGUUGCCCCGCCAUGCGUUGGGGGCUGCGCCCUCGCGGGCCGGGGACUGCGGCUCUGGCCGCGGCCGGGAGCUUAUGGGGGCCGCCCCGGUUUCCCUGUCGCCUGGAGUGGCGGGGGACGACGACGAGGCUUCUGGUGCGGUCAGUCACCGGGGCGGGUACCGAACUGCCCAACCCGAAUAGCGGCAAGUACCGGGACACCGUGCUGCUGCCGCAGACCAGCUUUCCCAUGAAGCUGCUGGGUCGCCAGCAGCCCGACGCGGAGCUGGAGAUCCAGCAGAAGUGUGGGUUUUCAGAACUUUAUUCAUGGCAAAGAGAAAGAAAAGUAAAGACAGAGUUUUGUCUUCAUGAUGGACCUCCUUAUGCAAAUGGUGACCCUCACAUUGGACACGCUUUAAAUAAGAUUUUGAAAGACAUAGCUAAUAGAUAUCAUAUGAUGAGAGGUUCCAAAAUACAUUUUGUGCCUGGCUGGGAUUGUCAUGGGUUGCCUAUUGAAAUAAAAGUGUUAUCAGAACUUGGUGGAAAAGCUCAGAAUCUUUCAACUAUGGAAAUUAGAGAGAAAGCUAGAUCAUUUGCUAAAGCCGCCAUCGAGAAACAGAAAUCAGCAUUUAUUCGCUGGGGAAUAAUGGCAGAUUGGAAUAAUUGCUACUAUACAUUUGAUGGAAAGUAUGAGGCCAAACAGUUGAGAGUUUUUUACCAGAUGUAUGAGAAGGGCUUGGUUUAUCGAUCUUACAAGCCUGUGUUUUGGUCUCCCUCAUCAAGGACUGCUUUGGCUGAAGCAGAACUGGAAUAUAAUCCUGAACAUGUCAGUCGUUCAGUAUAUGUCAAAUUCCCUCUCUUGAAACCCUCUCCUAAGUUGGCAUCCCUUGUAGAUGGUUCAUCUCCUGUUAGUGUUUUAGUCUGGACCACCCAGCCUUGGACAAUUCCAGCCAAUCAGGCAAUCUGUUAUAUGCCAGAUUCAAAGUAUGCUGUUGUGAAGUGUUCCAGUUCUGGAGACCUCUACAUACUGGCUGCAGAUAAAGUAGCAUCUGUUGCUUCUGCUUUGGACACAAUGUUUGAGGUCAUUUCAACAUUUUCAGGUGGAGAUUUGGUACAUGGUACUUGUAAUCAUCCUUUAAUUCCUGAUAAAGUGUCUCCGCUUUUACCUGCAAACCACGUGACCAUGGCAAAAGGAACAGGUUUGGUUCACACAGCCCCAGCUCAUGGUAUGGAAGAUUACAGUGUUGCAUCUGAACACAACCUGCCUAUGGAUUGCUUAGUGGAUGAAGGUGGGAUUUUCACAGAAGAUGCAGGUCCUGAGCUUCAGAAGAAGGCUGUCCUGGGAGAGGGAACAGAUGUGGUUAUAAAGAUGCUUCAGACUUCAAAGAAUUUGGUGAAAGAGGAAAAAAUGAUACACAGCUAUCCCUAUGACUGGAGGACUAAGAAACCAGUGGUUAUUCGUGCCAGCAAGCAGUGGUUUAUCAACAUCACGGAGGAACUGUUAAAAACAGUGAAGUUUAUUCCUGGAGCAGCACUGAAUGCCAUGGUAGACAUGAUCGACAGGAGGCCAUAUUGGUGUAUAUCCAGGCAAAGAGUCUGGGGUGUUCCAAUUCCUGUGUUUCAUCACAAGACAAAAGAUGAAUAUUUGAUCAACAGCCAAACCAUUGAGCAUAUCGCUAAAUUAGUGGAACAACAUGGCAGUGAUAUCUGGUGGACUCUUCCUCCGGAGCAGCUUCUUCCAAAAGAUGUGUUAUCUCAGGUUGGCGGUCCCGGUGCCUUGGAAUAUGUGCCAGGGCAGGACAUUCUGGAUAUCUGGUUUGACAGUGGAACCUCAUGGUCUUGUGUUCUUCCAGGUACUGGCCAAAUGGCAGAUUUGUACUUGGAAGGAAAAGAUCAGCUUGGGGGAUGGUUUCAGUCUUCCUUAUUAACAAGUGUGGCAGUAAGGAAAAAAGCACCUUUCAAGACAGUGGUUGUCCAUGGAUUUACCCUUGGAGAAAAGGGAGAAAAGAUGUCCAAGUCUCUUGGGAAUGUCAUUAAUCCUGAUAUUGUCAUCAGUGGAGGACAAGAUCAAACUAAAGAGCCUCCCUAUGGUGCUGAUGUCCUUCGCUGGUGGGUGGCUGAGUCCAACGUCUUUACUGAAGUGACAGUUGGCCCAUCUGCACUCAGUGCUGCCAGAGAUGACAUUGGCAAGCUUAGAAACACGCUCCGCUUUCUUCUGGGAAACGUGGCUGGUUUUAACCCAGAGACAGACUCCAUUCCUGUGAACAACAUGUAUGUCAUAGACCAGUACAUGCUACACCUGCUGCAGGACUUAGCAACCAAGAUUACCGACUCAUACAAGCAAUAUGAUUUUGGAAAGGUUGUUCGACUAUUAAAAGCAUUUUACACUAGAGAACUCUCCAACUUUUAUUUCAGCAUAAUCAAGGAUAGGCUUUAUUGUGAAAGUGAAAAUGAUCCUAAACGACGCUCUUGUCAGACUGCGUUAGCUGAAAUCUUGGAUGUAUUAGUUCGUUCUUUUGCUCCCAUCCUUCCUCACUUGGCUGAAGAGGUCUUCCAGCACAUACCUUAUAUUAAAGAACCCAAGAGUGUUUUUCGCACUGGGUGGAUUAGCACAAGUUCUAUUUGGAAGAAGCCUGGGCUGGAGGAAGCGGUGGAGAGCGCGUGUGCAAUGCGAGACUCCUUUCUUGGAAGCAUCCCUGGCAAAAAUGCUGCUGAGUAUGAGGUUGUCAUUGUGAUAGAGCCUGGGCUGCUCUUUGAGAUUAUAGAGAUGCUACAAGCUGAAGAAACCUCCAGCACCUCUCAGUUGAAUGAGCUAAUGAUGGCUUCCCAGUCAACUUUACUGGCCCAGGAUCCACGCGAGAGAACUGCAGAUGGAAUUGAGCUUAAAGGGACAUUCCUCAUCAAUUUAGAAGGUGGUGAUAUUCGCGAAGAGUCUUCAUAUAAAGUAAUUGUUUUACCAACUACCAAGGAAAAGUGCCCUCGAUGUUGGAAAUACACAGCUGAGUCUUCAGACACACUCUGUCCCCGAUGUGCAGAGGUGGUUGGAGGAAAGUAGAACUCUGGGGUUAACAGCUUUCUGAGCAAGAACACUCUUGACACUAUUGACUGGGAGUUUAGAUGGAUUAUUUACAGUAUCAGAAAGAAAGGAAGGCCAAAGAAAGGAAGGCUUAAGUAAGGAGUGGAAGAGUAACUCGUGAAGGAUGAGGUUCAGAAUCAGAAUUAUAAAAGAAGUAUUUCCUGUGUACAUACACAUGGAAAUAUAUGUGUGUGUGUGUAUACAUAUAUAUAUUUAUGCAUACACACCAUAUAUAUGUAUUUAUAUAUAUCUACAUAGACUUAUUCAGAACAUAGAUGUCGAAUAGGCUUUCCUUCAACUGUGGCUGAGCAGAAUCUGUUUUAUAUUUUAUAAAAAUCUUUUUGACUCAGUAUUUAAGUUCUGAAAAUAAAGGCAUUCUGGACACCUGCUGACUGACGUUGGUCAAAAGUUGUGAAUAACAAAUGGAAAGCAUGUGGUUUUGAAGGGGAGGGCAGAGGUGUGUUCCCCCUAAGAGACCAAGUCAUUUUGUACUCCCGCUAGCAAACAUUAAGCUUUUUAACAGCUUGGGUUUUUUGAUUAGAAGGAGAAACCUUCCCAAAUUUAUUUCUCAAGAGGGGUUAAUACUUACAUUUUUGAAUGUUAAGGAAACAAAAUGAAAGCUGAGAAUUUAUUUCACUAAUAUACAUAAGUUCACAACAAUGAACAUGAAGAAAAUAGCAAUAUAUACAGAAUUUCACUACUUACAAUACAUUACAAUAGAUAAAAGAGCAUUUUAUAAACAAUCCAGUAUAGGAUUAAAAUCUAAGGAUGGCUAAUCUAUUCAGCAGAAGUCUUACUUUCAGAAGCCCAGCAAACCCAUUCCUGCGAGGGAGGGAGGGCUUUCACUCUUGCUAUAGUGUACUGUAAAAAUAUUUGUCUCUUGUAAAUGAAAUGGGCCAUAGCAACGUCUACAUGAAUGUUGUAAUUAAUGUAAGCUUAUUAUUACUAAAUCUUAGUUUUCUGUGAUUUUAAAUUGAAAUUAAUCAUGUUUUUUUUUUUAAACAAUUUAAAUGUGAAAGGGUUUACUUUGACCUUGGAUGAAUUUUUAUAAAACAAAGAUAAAACUGUUUUGUUUUGUUUUUUCUUUUUACAAAAGUCUGAAGCACUUAGAAGCCUGGUGCCAUGUACCUCUGCAUUUAUCCUGACGCCUCUAGUUCUAUACCUGAGCACAACCUGUAAUGUAGAAAUUAGGAUUAUUUGAACAUUUUUCCCUUCAGCAUUGUACAAUAGAAUUUCAUAAGGUAAAACAUGACUGUAAAGAAGAAAUUAGGGGAGUGUAUGUAGGAAAACACAACUGGUUACAGCAGUACCUGCGCUAAGGGCCACAUGCCCUGUAUCUCAGAAACCACCUGUUCUAUGGGAAAUCCAAUUCCUUUGUGACAGAACAUAUACAUAGGCAUUUUUUUCUUUUUGUGGUACUGGAGAUUGAACCAAGGCUUUACACUUACUGAGUUUGAGCCCAUAUUUUGCUUUUGAGACAUUGUUCUACCUUUUCCAGGCUGGCUUCCCGAUUGGAGAUCCUCCUGUCUCUGCCUCCCAAGUAGCUGGAAUUUCAGGCAUGCAACACCACACCCAGCAUAAUUUUCCUUUUUUUGUUAUCAGAUUUAUUUUAAAAGCCCUUAAUGAAGUAGUAGAGUAUUUAACUGCUUUUUUUUAACCAUAAAAUUCAGAAUUCAGUUUUAAAAUUCUAUGGAUGACACAUCUAACUAGAGACUCAAUGACUUGUGUUAUGGUUCUGUGAACCAGAUUUCAGUUUAUUCUCAGUGGUUCUCAGGUUUGAUUAUUUCAUACCAGAGUUAAAGUCAACCAGUUUUACUAUCUAAAAUGCAAGCACCACCCCCUCCAAGCGAUAAUGGAAUUAGAGAGUAAAAGAUUUAAUCCUUAAAAAUGCUUAUAAUUCUAAGUUUCUUUGGCUGCCUAAAUUCUUACUACUUUCAGAGAAUUUAAGAAAUCAUAGGAAAAAUUAGUCUCUUAGAACACAAGUCACAAGUGACUAUUUAUAUGAAGCGAGGUACGCUUAUAAGGAAUUCUAGAAUGUGGCUGGCUGGGGCAGUGGAGAUCCAAGCAGAGGAGGGGAGGCUGGGCUAGCUCAGGCCCUUUCCAGUGUUGCUAUUCUAUACCACUUGUACCUCUGUCAGACUCACAGGCCCACCCCAGUCUCUCAAAACCUAAAACAUUUUUCUUUCAAGAUUUGAACUCUGAUAGCUACAUUAACAAUAAUUCAGUUUUAGCCAGUUAGGUUCUUAACUUAGAGGUGAUCUUUUAGUGAAAAAGAAUAUUUGAAUAUUCUUAAAUAUCAGACAUUUUUCUCUUUAUAUCAUUUUCCUCAACUGUGCAAAAUGCUAUAGUUGGCUUCUUACAAGGGAGCGAAGAAACAAACUUCUCUAUCACAAUGAGUUACUACGAAUAACAAUUGUCCGUGACAGGUAUCAGUAAUUGCACUGUGGCUACAUUCCAAAGAUACAUCAUAAUAAGUACUUGGUAUUUAUAGAGCUCAAAGCACUUCUUACAGACUUUUGUUAGUUUGGUUUUGAUCAACAGAUAUUUAGCACUUGUAUUGCUGUAGGCACUGUAGGGUACAAAAUUAGUUGUAGUUUAUCCUUUCAACCUGUGAGUGAGGUAGGUUUGCUGAAGCCGUAAUGUCACUAAGCACUUUUUUCCCAUUACUGUUCCCAUGGACAGAUAACACUAUCAAAUCCCAGAAGCAAACAUUUCUAAACAUUUAUAGGAAAAAUAAAAUUGGACUUAAAUAUCUUAGAGUCUUUGCUUUUUUUUUCUUUUUUUAUAUAAGUUUUACAAAAUCAUACAUUUUUACAGUUUCCUGAUUUGUAUGCAUAUAGCUUUUCAGCUUGGCAGAAAUUUACAUUAUAAUUGAUUUUGCUGGUUGUUCACAUCUCAGAUUCUCAUUUUGGCAAGUACAACAGGUUAAGGGUUCUACCUGGUGUCCCUUCUAAAGGCCUGAAACCCAUUCCUUCUCUGAAGGCAGCAGCAACAGCACCUCUAAAAAAGACCUACCUACACCCAGCACUCCCAGGUGCAGCCUGACGUAGGGUUAAUCAUGGUAACAAACACAUUUUCUCAACAGUCUUUAAAGGAAAGUGGGAUGUUUCUCUAACAGUUCUGAUGGGGACUAUACAUGAGCACAUUUAAUUUAAUCACAACAAUAACAGGAUGAAUGUGAAAUGCAGAAUCCUAUAAUAACAUCUGUAAAUUAUAAACAAUUUUAAAUAGCGAUGUUUAACAAUAAAGCGACUUAAAUGUUUGAUACAGUAAA